GGGAGCGACAAGCAGCCCAUUUGACCCCUAAACUGGAAGAUCUGCACCUCUUCUCCGUCGUCUUCUUCCUUCCUGCUCAUCCUGCUCUCCCAGCAGCAGCAGGCACCACCUUCAUCGCCGCCGCGCUCCGUCUUGCCCUGUGUGUCAGGGUUCCCCCGGACUGAGCAUCUACGACAAUGGCUGACCAGCGUUGCCCCAGCGUAGUGAGCAAGAUGGGAGGGACGUCAUACCUGGGAUCCAGGUUGGCACCUGGCCGCGCCAUGUACCCCGCGUCGGAGAUGAGCACUCCGUUCGCGGCCGCUGCCAAGCUGGGUGCGAUGCCCAGGCAGACGGGGCUGAGCUCCCUGUGCCCCAUCGACGUGACCGGCGGGAGGAACAUGUCGAGCCAGGUGUUCGUUCCGGCCGCGAACGAGAAGACGUUCGCGUCGUUCAUGACCGACUUUCUGAUGGGCGGUGUGUCGGCCGCGGUGUCGAAGACGGCCGCUGCGCCCAUCGAGCGCGUGAAGCUGCUGAUCCAGAACCAGGACGAGAUGCUGAAGUCGGGGCGUCUGUCGCACCCGUACAAGGGCAUCGGCGAGUGCUUCAGCCGAACGGUGAAGGACGAGGGAAUGAUGUCGUUGUGGCGUGGAAACACGGCGAAUGUGAUCAGAUACUUUCCGACGCAGGCACUGAACUUCGCGUUCAAGGACUACUUCAAGUCGCUGUUCGGGUACAAGAAGGACAAGGACGGGUAUUGGAAGUGGUUCGCGGGUAACUUGGCGUCGGGAGGUGCUGCGGGAGCGUCGUCUCUGCUGUUCGUGUACUCUCUGGACUACGCGCGUACCCGAUUGGCGAACGACGCGAAGUCGUCGAAGAAGGGAGGAGGCGAGAGGCAGUUCAACGGGCUGGUGGACGUGUACAAGAAGACGUUGGCGACGGACGGAAUCGCGGGGCUGUACAGAGGGUUCGCGAUCUCUUGCGCGGGUAUCAUCGUGUACAGGGGUCUGUACUUCGGAAUUUACGACUCGCUGAAGCCGGUGGUGUUGGUGGGCAACCUGGAGGGCAAUUUCUUGGCGAGUUUCUUGUUGGGAUGGGGAAUCACGAUCGGAGCGGGUCUGGCGUCGUACCCCAUCGACACGGUUCGGCGUAGGAUGAUGAUGACCUCCGGAGAGGCAGUGAAGUACAACGGGUCGAUGGACGCGUUCAAGCAGAUUUUGGCGAAGGAGGGAGCGAAGUCGUUGUUCAAGGGCGCUGGUGCGAACAUCCUUCGUGCGGUGGCUGGAGCCGGAGUGUUGUCGGGAUACGAUCAGUUGCAGAUCUUGCUUCUGGGCAAGGCCUACUCUGGAGGCAGCGGCUGAGUGCUUCGUAGCGGAUUAUGAAGAGAAUUUUGUUGCCCUGGUCAAUCUUUAAUUUAGCACUUUCUUUUUUGUAGUGUAACUUUUUGAGUUCUUUCGCGUUCUGACUAUCAUAGUGCACAUGCGUAUAGUGCGCUGAGCUGGUUAUCGUGUUAGUUUUGUGUCUUCGAAUUAACUUCGAGAUUACUCAACUUAGGCGCCAUAAUGUGCUUAUUUACAACUCUUAUGAAGCAAGAAUUGCUGGCUUCUGGUUCGUCCAUUGUGCUCUCUUUUUAUCUUCAUUUAAUAUCAUUCUAUACACCUCAACAAAUAAAAACAAAUUUUCUAAA